AUGGUGACCAUCAAACAGGACUCGGAGCUGAUGACAAACUAUGUCUCAGCCAACCCUAUUCCAGCUGGCCAGCACUUUGCAGUUUUCCGAGAUGCUAACAUGGAUCCAGGUGUCUUUGCUCUGAGUGAAGACUCUUAUCUUUAUUUAAUCACUGUUAUCAAUGGCAAAGCCACCAAAAUUGACUUUGGAAACGUUUCUGGCAUUGUUCCCAGCGGUGUCAAGGUUCAGGCUUUUGCUGUUGUUCAAGCACCAAACUCUACACUUGAUAUCUGCAUUGCCACUCCCGGAGCCAACAAUACUACGUCUACUUUUACGUUGCUCUACGGCAUCACUUUUACUGAACUUCUGGGGCCUAUUCCAAGCUCCAAGAUUAUUCGCGGAGAUUCUUUCCCUAUCAUUGAUCACAUCUACAUGAGCAAUAAGUCCACGGAUACAAAGCGCACCUUUCCUUUGGUUAUGGUGGCAUUCCAAAGGCCAGACAGACUUGUCAGCACGGAAGACCUAAGAUUCGUCCAGUUCAAUCAGAACCAGGCAACGCUGUUGGGCCCAUGGACCUUGGCUACGAAUCCAAAGAGAAUCAUAGAUGUCGUUUUGGGAACCUGCACCCUCGGCGAUGGUGUAUUCGUCUUGUACGAAAGCUUCAGUGGACCUUCUCAUAUACAGUUCAAAUUCUUCACUGGCAGCACCAUGGUAGUGGAACCCAUCUGCCCUGCCGGAGCAACUUGUAUUAGCUCAUAUGUUGAUCCCACGUCGCAUCAAAGUAUCCUCCUCGUUGGAGGCCAAACCAUCACAGCCUUCAAGUCAAGCGAGUAUUGCUCUCCCACUGGCAGAGGAACUGUCAUCAACACAGGAGACCAAGUCAGUGGCCUCAAGGGCCUCCAAGUCAACUUGUCUGGACAGACUUUGAGAUUUUGGUAUACGACUAAUGAAGAUGCCGUCCACUACUACACAGCACAAAGCACAGCCCUUUCCAACGGAAUCGUGAUUCCUCUCCUCUCGGAAGGAAAGGGAGGUCAAAUUUCUGGUAUGCUUUCGCUGAAGUCCUCUGAUGGUACCGAUCAAACACUUGUUAGCAGUUUGCUAUCUGUGGAUGAGUACGGUAACCUCGUCCUCCUACAACAAGACUCAGUAUCACAACUAUGGCAAACGUAUCCCUUUUGGUAUGCGUCAGACUUGAAUGUCAUGGAGGUCAAAGGUUUUAUGCUACGCAUGCAUGCUACAGCCACCACUAGUGAUGAGGCUUCUCUCAUUCCUGGAUGCUGGCUCCGAGUCAGCGCUUCUGGUGUUGUACGAUGCACAGUCAAUGGCCGAUACGCUUCACUGGGGCCAACCGGUCAAUGGCACCAGACGGACGCCAAAGGAGUGCUAAACAUCCAACUUCAGAGCGACGACGCCUCUUGUUUCCUUUUUUCAGCGGACGCUUACCGCGCUGCCAAGCCUGGGUCUUCAGAGACUCCUCUUCAAACCCCAGUUUUGGAUCCCUCUGUGAAAGUGAUUACGAAGCUUGACAAUGUGCAGACCCCUGCGGAUGUUCGUGCGCUCAAGAAGAAGGAUGGAACAUCCCUUGUGCCCUCUAAUGCCUCAGAUGACGAUGUCAAGGCUGCUGUCGACUCAAUCCAAGUGCUAGUAGACCAAGCACACCAGCGUCAAGGUGAUAGCCAACAAUUGCUGAAAUCUUUCAAGGCAGUUAAUACACUCAAAGAUGCCUGGCACUAUGUUGAGGAUAAGUUUGAAGAUGCUGUAGAGUGGGGUGAUGGUGCUGGAAAAGUCUGGCAAUUCAUCAUCAAAAUCGGCGACGAAGUUUAUUCGUUCGUUUUGGACACCGUUUCGAUCAUUGUUAAAGCUGUCGUCUGGGUCUUCAAGAAGCUAGGCGUCUUAAUGCAGGAUCUUAUUGACUUUUUAGGAUAUCUCUUCAAUUGGGAUGACAUUCUCACCACAGCAGAUAGCAUCACCACCGGGUUCAAUGCAGCUCUCGAUUACGGACAGCAUCUGCUGGACACGACUGAGAUCACGGUUGACACAUGGCUAGAGGAGCUCCGUACCACUAUCAAAGCUCAGUUGCCCACACUACAAAGCAACAAUUACGAUGGCGCUUCUAUUGCGUCCAAGAGCUUAAAGUCAAAGGUUGCCCUUGAGACGGCUGCUACCACUACUACUGCUGAUCCCGAUGAGGAUGUCAAGUCAGACGUAGCCUACAACUGGUCGACUUAUUACUUCACAUAUGGCGGUGGUACUACCAAUGCCGUUUUUAAUGAUGAUAGCUCUCCAGGCUCGGCAGGGGAUAACCUUGUUGCUAUUUGGGACGAUAUCCAAGCUGAGUUUAACACCAUCGUCAGCCUCUGCAGCAACGUAGCUAAGGAUUUGCUCGACUUCUUCAACAAUGGGGAGUACGAUAUCAAGUCUCUCAUGACCAAGAUCUCUGGGGAGCUUAUAGAUGCCAUAAUCGACUCUCUCAAGACUCUUGGAGAUAUUCUAUUCAAGGCCGUGGCCUUGGGCAUCAACUUGAUCAAGACCAUCUCCAAUAAGAGCAUGGAUAUCCCUGUGAUUGGAUGGCUCUGGAAGAAGAUUGCGGGCAACCGACCCCUUUCUCUACUAGGACUGGUCGCACUGCUCAUUGCCAUUCCCACAACAGUUCUCUACAAGGCCAAGGCAGACAAGGCCCCUCCAAAGCUUACGGGUCGAUUAACCGCAGAUACUUUCGGCCAGUAUGUUUCGGGCACGGCCGAUCCCACCCUUGCCAAGGAUGUGACCAAUUUCACGCUUGCAACAGCCACAAGUCUGGAGUUGGUAUACGGCGAGUUCAAGACCAUUUCUCUUCUCAUCGACAGCGCUUUUGAAGGCAGUGGAUUGGAGAGCGUUCCGAUCGGACCCGUCGCCCAGCUUACCAAUGUGCUGAAUGCAACCUCGCUGACAUUUGAGACAAUUUCGACAUUUGUCACCUGGCCAGUCGAUAAAGAUGCUGCAAAGCCACCAACGGAUAUCUCUACAACAGCCAAGUUUGUCAAGUACUCUAAACUGGGACUCACAGUCUCCAACUUUGGCGCCGCCGCCCUGGCAAAUGUCAUCGCCAAGGUGAAGAAGGCCGAUCAGCCAACCAUCAAGCGUUGGAAGGGCACCAUUGCCGCCGUUGUGGCCGUCCCUACGCUCUGUGUUGCCCUCACUCAGGACAUCCACGAUGCACAAGAAGAAACAGUGAAGACGGAGCUUGUCGCCAACCAUUUUAUCGAGGCCUUUUUUGAGCUGGGUAAGCAGUUGGGAUUUGCAGCAGCAUCUUGGGAUAACGAGAUUGAGAGCAUUGUCAUGUAUGUCGGGUUGGCGGUGCAGCAGAUUUGCAGUUAUGGUGAAUAUGGCUGCAAGAUUUAUGAUUUUGUGGAGACGUAUCAAUGA